UGGACGUGGUCUCCGGCGGCGCGGGGAUAAAUCCGGAGCCUCGCGAGGCUGAGAGCCAGUGACGCGGGACCCGCGGCGCAGCAGACCCGACUUCUCGGCCGCAGCGAGGGCAGCGCGUUCCGGGUGUCAGCCAGAACAUGGCGCCCAACCUGAACUCAGUCAAGAACUUGUUCGUUUUCUUAGGAAAAUCAGUGUUUGCCCUUCUGGAGGUUAUGGUUUUUACCUUCAUCCCAAGGCCACAGAAGAGUGUUGCUGGUGAAAUCGUACUUAUAACAGGCUCUGGGAGUGGACUUGGAAGGCUCUUAGCCCUCAAAUUUGCCCGCCUUGGCUCGGUGCUUGUUCUCUGGGAUGUCAGCAAGGAGGGGAAUGAGGAGACCAGCAAGAUGGCUUGGGAAGCUGGAGCCACAAAGGUUUAUACCUAUACCUGUGAUUGCAGCCGGAAGGAGGAAGUGUAUAGAGUGGCCGAUCAGGUUAAGAAAGAAGUUGGAGACGUUUCAAUCCUCAUCAACAAUGCCGGAAUCGUAACAGGCAAAAAGUUCCUCGACUGCCCAGAUGAGCUUAUGGAAAAGUCUAUCGAUGUGAAUUUCAAAGCACAUUUAUGGACUUAUAAAGCCUUUCUACCUGCUAUGAUCGCUAAUGACCAUGGACAUUUGGUCUGCAUUUCAAGUUCAGCUGGAUUAAUUGGAGUAAAUGGGCUGGCCGAUUAUUGUGCAACUAAAUUUGCAGCCUUUGGAUUUGCUGAAUCGGUAUUUAUGGAAACAUUUGCCAAGAAACAAAAUGGGGUCAAAACCACUAUUGUGUGCCCAUUUUUUAUCAACACUGGAAUGUUUGACGGUUGUACUACUGGAAGGACCAGAAAUUGUUGAAGGGGCAUAAAUACC